AUCCACUCGAAGCCUACACUCAAUGGCAAAGCCUCCUUGAAAAUCUGCCCAAAUAACCAUAACGUAUCAUUGUUAGGUCGGGUCAUUAAAUCGGCCAGCACGCCAACAAAAACCAGGCUCUACAAACACAACGUAAUUGAGCAGAAUCUUCCGGUAAAAUGUCCUUUGAGUCUUUGACAUCCCUUACCGUUAUUAGCAAUUUGUGAGGAACAAGUUCCUGGAGUUCCAAAGGGAUGGAGAGGAUAUGCCAUUGAGGGCGGUGGGGGUGGGAUUUUACCCUCACUUCGCCUUGUAAUCGUUAUUAGCGUAAUCACCUUGCCUAUCUUUCCUAUUCUAGCUGAGCUAGACAUGUAUUUUUGGCUUAAUUAGUUCCUCUUUUCUUUUUUUCCAAAUAUGCCGUUUUUAUCACACAAACAAGAUUCAAGGUAUAAGGUCAAUCUCGAUCUCUCUGAGUGUCAAGGAUCUCAUAUCAACGGUAUUAAAUUGAACGUUGUAGUAGGUUCAUAUCAUCUAACGGUCUCUGAUCUCCAAUUCAACAUCUUCUGAUCACCUAGUUAAAAUUCUGCAACUGUUAGGAGGGAAUUUCUAAGGAAUAUGCCGGCCCUCCGAAACAGAAUAGGAUGACAGAGUGGUCAGACCUGUAAAUAUGGGAAUAUGCGAGCCACAUAUUCCGGCCUGUUUAAGGAAGUUUUUAUGCUUAUAAAUCACACACGCCUUUUAACCUCUUCUUGUCUCUCUCUCACACACACAGCAGUCUCAAAACAAGCAAAUUCAGAGACAGAGCUCGUCAGCCAGGGAGACAAAAUAGAGGGAAAGAGAUUGAGGAAAGGCAAAGCAGGUAUUAACUCUAUUUUGAGGUACCUGAUUAAUAACCAUGGCCAAGGAACAAUUGAAGGUGUUGAAUGCGCUUGAUGCUGCCAAAACUCAAUGGUAUCAUUUUACUGCAAUUAUCAUUGCUGGAAUGGGGUUCUUCACCGAUGCAUAUGAUCUCUUCUGCAUAUCCCUUGUAACCAAAUUGCUUGGGCGCAUUUACUACCACGUCGAUGGUGCAGCAAAGCCCGGCACAUUGCCUCCCAAUGUAUCUGCUGCUGUAAAUGGUGUUGCACUUUGUGGAACACUCGCAGGCCAGCUCUUCUUUGGAUGGCUUGGUGACAAGUUGGGCAGAAAGAAAGUCUACGGCUUGACUCUGAUGCUCAUGUUUCUCUGCUCCGUUGCUUCAGCUCUUUCUUUUGGACACAGCACACAAGCUGUUAUGAGCACCCUUUGCUUCUUUCGGUUCUGGCUUGGUUUUGGCAUCGGUGGUGAUUACCCACUUUCUGCUACCAUUAUGUCUGAAUAUGCAAACAAGAAGACUCGUGGGGCCUUCAUUGCUGCAGUGUUUGCCAUGCAGGGCUUUGGCAUUUUAGGUGGUGGUGUGUUUACUAUUAUCAUGGCUUCCAUAUUCAAGGCCACGUUUGAUGCUCCCGCUUAUGAAGUUGAUCCACUUGCCUCCACCGUCCCUCAAGCGGAUUAUCUAUGGCGUAUUAUUCUGAUGGUUGGUGCUCUUCCUGCCGCACUCACCUACUACUGGAGGAUGAAGAUGCCUGAAACUGCCCGUUACACUGCACUUGUUGCCAAGAAUGCAAAUCAGGCUGCAAAUGAUAUGUCAAAGGUCCUCCAGGUUGACAUUGAAGCAGAACCACAAAAGAUUGAGCAGCUUGCUCAACAACCAGCCAAUUCAUUUGGUUUGUUCUCUAAGCAGUUUCUUCGUCGCCAUGGACUUCACUUGCUGGGAACAACAAGCACCUGGUUCUUGCUUGACAUUGCAUUUUACAGCCAGAAUCUGUUCCAAAAGGAUAUUUUCAGUGCAAUUGGAUGGAUUCCACCGGCAAAGACCAUGAAUGCCAUCGAGGAGGUCUUUAGAAUUGCUAGGGCACAAACACUGAUUGCUCUAUGCAGUACUGUUCCAGGCUACUGGUUCACAGUGGCUUUCAUUGACAAGAUGGGAAGGUUCGCCAUCCAACUAAUGGGUUUCUUCUUCAUGACAGUGUUCAUGUUUGCCCUGGCUUUUCCUUACAAUCACUGGACUCAUAAGGACAACCGCAUUGGGUUUGUGGUGAUGUAUUCACUGACAUUCUUCUUUGCAAAUUUCGGGCCCAAUGCCACCACAUUUGUCGUGCCAGCUGAGAUUUUCCCGGCCAGGCUGAGGUCUACUUGUCAUGGCAUAUCUGCAGCAUCAGGAAAGCUUGGAGCUAUGGUUGGAGCAUUCGGUUUCUUGUAUUUAGCACAGAACCAGGACAAGGCCAAGGCAGAUGCAGGGUACCCUGCUGGUAUUGGGGUGAAGAACUCGCUCAUUGUGUUGGGUGUGAUCAACUUACUUGGCCUAUUGUUCACUGUCCUGGUGCCAGAAUCAAAGGGUAAAUCUCUGGAGGAGAUGUCGGGUGAGAAUGAAGAUGAAAGUUGAGCAUAGACAGAAUAAGAUGUAGCAGCCGGAAGAUCACAGUAACAAGACCAUUUCAGUAAAUUUUUUUAUUUUUUUUAGUUCUCCACAGUUUUGGAAUCAUGCCUUUCUUCAUCUCAAUUUUUCUCUCUUUAAUUCCAGUGACUCUUACUACUUGGCACAUUUUAAAGUGUUUUGAUUUUAGUGUGACUGAAAAUAACAAGAUCUAAGAUAGAGAGAUACAUUGAUCUCUCUAGAACA